GGGCCUUGUGAAGUGGAAAAAGUGUCGAAACUUGGCUCUAAAGCUGCAAUCCCUAACCCUCUUCUAGACCCUUCCUUUGCGACACAACACUGCCUUACAUUCUAGACCUUUCCACAUUCCCCCCACUCAACACAUAUAUAAUAACAACCCUUGAUAAUUCUCGAACCACCCAAAUUCCAAUUAACUCUCAUUUCAUUUCACUCGCAUUGCAAUUUGCAAUGGCUCGUUACGGCGAGGGCGACAAGCGUUGGAUCGUGGAGGACCGGGCCGACGGCACGAACGUCCACAACUGGCAUUGGGCCGAGACCAACUGCCUGGAGUGGUCCAAGGCCCUUUUCACCACGCUCCUCUCCAACCUCACCCUCCUCGACGGCGAGGGCAACCUCUUCCUCAAAACGACGUCGCUCCGCUCCCUCGACGGCGAGGCCUACGUCAACGUCCGCAAGGGCAAAAUCAUCCCCGGCUACGAGAUCAGCCUCUCGCUCGCGUGGCAGGGCGAGGCCAAAGACUCCCAAGGCGCCUCCCUCCUCAAGGUCGACGGCACCGUCGAUAUUCCCUACAUCUCCGACGAGAACGCCGACGAGGAUCCCGAGGUCAAGGUCACCGUCAACGACGAUGGACCCCUCGGGAAGAGAAUCAAGGAUGCUAUGCUCUCCAAGGGGAAACCCUUGAUUUUGGACAAGGUUAGGGUUUGGGUCCAGACUAUGGCCAGAGGCGGUCCCCUCAAAGACGAAUUGGACACCAAGAAGGUUGCGCCGGUGCCCUCACCGUCGCCUUCGCCUUCGCCUUCGCAGGCGCCGACGGCUCCGGCGACCAAGGCGGCGCCGAAGAAGGAGGCGAAGAAGGAGGAGAAGAAGGGGAGGAAGAGUAUUAGCAUGACGGAGAAGUUUAAUUGCAGGGCGAGGGAUUUGUUUGAGAUUUUGAUGGAUGAGAAUAGGUGGAAGGGUUUUACGCAGAGCAAUGCGAGGAUUAGUAAGGAGGUUGGUGGUGAGUUUAGCAUUUUUGAUGGGUCGGUUACUGGAACUAAUUUGGAGUUGCAGGAGGGUAAGUUAAUUGUGCAGAGGUGGAGGUUUGGAAGCUGGAACGAUGGUGUUCAGUCCACGGUGAGGCUUGUCUUUGAGGAGCCUGAAGCUGGUGUUACCGUUGUCAAGCUGACUCAUACUGAUGUGCCUGAAGAGGAUAGGUAUGGGAAUGCUACUGUGGUGGAGAACACGGAAAGGGGUUGGCGGGAUCUUAUUUUCCAGAGGAUACGUGCGGUUUUUGGUUUUGGAAUUUGAGGUUUUUGUGAUUGUAUUUCCUGCGUUGUAGAAUUCGUGGAUUUUGAUAUUUUUUAGUAAGGAAAGAUUAAUGGAUUAUUGAUUGACAUUGGAUGUUGUGGGCUGCAAUGCUUUCUGCUUCUGCAUCUUCUCUUA